AUGAAGAAGUCAGAUUUUUUUGCUGCAAUGAUGGUUGUUGUUUUCUUCCUCUCCGGCCUAGCUCAGGCUGCCAGCCAACGUGACGGCGGGGGGAAGUGCCAGCGGGAGGUGGAGGCGCAGUUGGACCGAAUUCGCGGUUGCACCGGCUACUUGACGUAUAGCGAGGGACGAGGAGGAUGGCGGGAGGGGCAGCGUAACCUCGAUGCUUGCUGCCAGGGCAUCCGGACAGUCUCCGAAGAGUGCCGGUGCGCGGCCGCGAGACAGGCGGAAUGGAUGAUAACGGCAGAUUGGGCGAAAGGAGAAAUAAGGGAGCGAAUGAGGAAGACUGCUAAUAACCUUCCACAAAAAUGCAAGGUGCCCCCAUAUCAAUGCAAUGUGUAUUGA